AUGAUCCCCCCAGAGCCGCCGCAGCAGCAGCUGCAGCCGCCGCCGCCCCCAGCCCCGCCGAACCAUGUGGUGACCACCAUCGAGAACCUGCCGGCCGAGGGCAGCGGCGGCGGCGGGAGCCUGUCCGCCUCCUCCCGGGCCGGCGUGCGCCAGAGGAUCCGCAAAGUGCUGAACAGGGAGAUGUUGAUCUCUGUGGCUCUGGGCCAGGUGUUAUCCCUCCUUAUUUGUGGAAUUGGCUUGACGAGCAAGUACCUGGCAGAAGACUUCCAUGCCAAUACACCAGUCUUCCAGAGUUUCCUCAAUUAUAUUCUGCUCUUCUUGGUCUAUACCACCACACUGGCCGUCAGACAAGGAGAAGAAAACCUCCUGGCUAUCUUACGACGUAGAUGGUGGAAGUAUAUGAUUCUGGGACUCAUAGACCUGGAAGCAAAUUACCUGGUGGUCAAGGCUUACCAGUACACAACUCUGACCAGCAUCCAGCUCCUGGACUGUUUUGUGAUCCCAGUCGUGAUCCUGCUCUCCUGGUUCUUCCUGCUGAUCCGGUACAAGGCUGUGCAUUUCAUCGGCAUCGUGGUCUGCAUCCUGGGAAUGGGCUGCAUGGUGGGAGCAGAUGUGCUCGUGGGAAGACAUCAGGGAGCAGGGGAAAAUAAGCUGGUAGGGGACCUCCUGGUCUUAGGAGGAGCUACCCUCUAUGGUAUCUCUAACGUGUGGGAAGAAUACAUCAUCCGAACUCUGAGCCGAGUGGAAUUCCUGGGAAUGAUCGGUCUCUUUGGUGCAUUUUUCAGUGGAAUCCAAUUAGCCAUAAUGGAGCACAAGGAGCUGUUAAAGGUACCCUGGGACUGGCAAAUAGGACUGCUGUAUGUCGGCUUCAGCGCCUGCAUGUUUGGUCUCUACAGCUUUAUGCCAGUCGUCAUCAAGAAAACCAGCGCCACUUCGGUCAACCUCUCUCUGCUCACAGCGGAUUUGUACAGCCUGUUCUGUGGCUUGUUUCUCUUCCACUACAAGUUUUCAGGACUUUAUCUCCUGUCCUUCUUCACCAUCCUCAUCGGGCUGGUGCUCUACUCCUCCACCUCCACCUACAUAGCCCAGGACCCCCGCGUGUACAAGCAGUUCCGCAACCCCUCGGGACCUGCCGUGGACUUGCCGACCACAGCUCAGGUGGAGCCCUCAGUCACCUAUACCAGCCUGGGCCAGGAGACGGAAGAGGAGCCCCAUGUUCGUGUGGCCUAG